CAUCUUCAAUUAUCACACCACUCCCCUCCCUCUCACCUCCUUUUAUUUAUUUAGUUAUUAUGGCCAAGAUUGGUUUGAAACCAGACCCCGUUAACACUAAUGCCAAGGAGAUUCGUUAUAGAGGCGUUAGGAAGCGUCCCUGGGGCCGUUAUGCUGCUGAGAUCCGAGAUCCCGGUAAGAAAACCCGAGUCUGGCUCGGUACUUUUGACACCGCGGAAGAGGCGGCGCGUGCGUACGAUAAGGCGGCGCGUGAUUUCCGUGGGGCCAAGGCUAAGACCAACUUCCCGAAUUUUCUUGAGCUGAGUGAGAAGAACGGCGGUUUCGAGCGUAGCCCUAGCCAGAGCAGCACCCUUGACUGCGCUUCUCCUCCGACGGCGGUCACGCCGGCGAGUGAUGGUAUUGUUCCGCCGCAGCUCGAGCUUCGCCUCGGCGGCGGCUAUCAGAUCCCGGUGGCGCGUCCUGUUUACUUCUUUGACGUUAUGGGAGUCGGCAACGGAGGUCGUGCUCAGCCUCCGGUGGCGUCAGCUUUUAGGUCGCCGACGAUGCAUGUGGCUGCAAAGGUGGCUUGUGUGGCUCGGAGCGACUCUGAUUCGUCGUCGGUUGUUGAUUUUGAAGGCGUGAUGGAGAAGAGAUCUCAGCCGUUAGAUCUAGAUCUAAACUUGCCUCCUCUGUCGGAACAGGCCUGAACUUAUCGAAGGUGGUCGUGGUCGUGUUCAUCUCCGACGGUUAUGCGUUUUUUUUUUGUUUGGGAGCUGAGAAAAGUUCGUUUUUCUCGUAGUUUUUUUUUAUUCUCUCACUCUACAAUAAUUAUUAUCGGGUUUAAAAAGUUAAAUCGGGAGAGAAGAAUAUAAUUUUAGCUGACAUGGAUCGUUAUGUACAUAUUAUUACAUAACUGGAGAUCUGAACUUUUGUUGUGUGCUUUUUUGCGACUUGGUUUCACCAUGUUGUUCCUCUGUAGCCUUUUAUUUUGUUAUUGCAAAUUUUAUAUCAAUAAUUUGGUAAUCUUCGUAA